GGUCUUCUAAAAUACGUAAAGUUUACCCAAAUUUUCGUUGGGACACACAUGUGAGUUAAUGUUAUGGCCAUGGAGUCUCCGGAAUUUUGCUCCGACUCUCAAAAUGGUGAAUCUGCGUUUUCAGAUGUUCCCUUAGCUCCUGAACCCCUAGUCUAUGCCGUUAUGGCUGCUUGCAGACAAGACCCAAGUCCAUUAAAGCUCAAUCUGGGUAUUGGAGUUUAUAGAACUGAGGAGGGAAAACCCUUUGUUUUGAAUGUAGUUAGACGAGCAGAGGAGCUUCUAGUCAAUGACCUGUCCAGGGAUAAGGAAUAUCUUCCUAUAACUGGAAUACCAGAAUUCAAUGAAUUGAGCUCUAAACUAAUUUUGGGUGUCGAGAGUAGCCCAGCUAUCAAAGAAAACAGAGUGACCACUGUCCAGUGUGUAGCUGGUUGUGGCUCCCUUAGAGUUGGAGCUGAGUUCUUGGCUAAGCAUUACCAUCAAAAGUCAGUAUAUAUACCUGAGCCUACGUAUUCCAACCACCCAAAUUUUUUCUCUUCAGUUGGUCUAGUUGUGAAGACGUAUCGAUACUACGACCUAGCAACGCAUGGGCUGGACCUUCAAGGUUUGUUGGAAGACCUCUCUUCUGCACCUGCUGGAUCUAUUGUGCUUCUCCAAGCAUGUGGUCAUAAUCCAACUGGUGUUGAUCCUACAAUUCAGGAGUGGGAACAAAUACGUCAGUUGAUAAGAUCUAAUGGGCUCUUACCAUUUUUCGAUUCUGCUUAUCAGGGUUUAGUUAGUGGAAACUUGGAUGCUGAUGCACAAUCUGUACGAUUAUUUGUUGCUGAUGGUGGUGAGAGCCUUAUAGCUCAGUCCUAUUCAAAGAAUAUAGGACUAUAUGGGGAACGUGUUGGUGCACUUAUCAUUGUUUGCAAGACAGCUGAAGUGGCUAUCAAUGUUGAGAGCCAGUUGAAACUUGUGAUAAGACCCAUGUAUUCUAACCCACCUAUUCACGGAGCUUCCAUAGUGACUGCUAUCCUCAAGGACAGGGAGAUGUAUAAUGAGUGGACUAGCGAGUUGAAGAAAAUGAAGGAACGCCUUGUCAAUAUUCGACAAAAACUUGUUAAUAGUUUACAUGAUAAAGGUACACCUGGUGAUUGGAGUCACAUAAUGAGGCAGGUGGGAAUGUACUCUCUCUCAGGAUUAAACCAAGAUCAAAUUGCCUUCAUGACUAAAGAAUACCACAUCUACAUGUCAUCUGAUGGGAGAAUUAGCAUGGCUGGUUUGAGCUCAAAGACAGUGCCUCAUUUGGUCGAAGCAAUUCAUGCUGCUGUUACUCGUGCAAUCUAAAUUAUAUUUGGAUUCUCUUGUAAAAGUCAUUCCACGGUUUAAAAUUCAACAAAUAAAGGAACAGAAUAAAACUUAAUUAUUAUUUUUUUUCCCUUUUUCAUUACCUCCCGUCAAACAUCAAACGCACCCACCCUUAAAUUUAAUUCUCUAUUUUGACUAA